UCGACUGUAUUUCAUCUCACUGUGGAAGAAGCGACAGCUGACAACUACUCUCUUUUUAUUCAGCACCACGACCUCCAAACUACCUCCUCCUUAUCCCUCUCGACGUCUGCUGCAAUGGGAAAAAUGACUUCAAUGAUGGGUCUACUCUUGACUCACCCUUUCGAGUUCAGAACUCUCGUUCAUUUCUACCUUUACCAUGAGACGAAACGCGAUAUCACCGCUCAGCAAGAGCACCCCACGUCAGGCUGGGACCGCGCCUCCAUGCGCCGCUGCUGGGAAUUCCUUGACAUGACAAGCAGAAGUUUUGCAGCUGUCAUCAAGGAGCUUGACGGCGACCUUGCAAGAACGAUUUGCAUGUACUACCUCAUUCUGCGCGGGUUGGACACCAUUGAAGAUGACAUGACCAUCCCCGACGAGAAGAAGCAGCCGAUACUCCGUAAAUUCCACGAGCUAACAGUAACGCCUGGCUGGAACUUCACCGAGAACGGCCCUGAGGAGAAAGAUCGCCAUCUGCUCCUUGAAUACCACACUAUUGUUGAAGAAGUUAAUAGACUACCACCACAAUACAAGACAGUCAUUCUUGACAUCUGUCAGAAAAUGGAGAAUGGUAUGGCGGAUUACGCACAUAAAGCCGUAAUCAAUGGCACUGUUUACCUCGAGACUGUUGCGGACUAUGACCUCUACUGCCACUACGUUGCGGGUCUCGUGGGUGAAGGCCUCACUCGCAUUUGGUCAGCUUCAGGCAAGGAAGCGUCCUUCCUCUGUGAUCAACUUGAACUGGCAAACUCUAUGGGUCUUCUCCUCCAAAAGACCAACAUCAUUCGUGACUUCCGAGAAGACGUCGAGGAGAAACGUUUCUUUUGGCCCCGAGAAAUUUGGGCAAAAUACGGCUUCGAGGAAAUGAAAGACUUGUACGAGAAGGGUGACGUUGAGCAUGCCACGUGGAUACAAAGUGGGAUGAUUCUCGAUGCCCUGCGACAUGCAUGCGACUCCUUGGACUACCUGCACCUGCUCAAGAACCAGAGCGUGUUCGUGUUCUGCGCAGUCCCCGUCACCAUGGCAAUGGCUACAUUGGCGCUUUGCUUCAUGAACCCAGAAAUGUUCCAACGGAAUAUCAAGAUACGGAAAGCGGAGGCUGCUCAUCUUAUCAUGCGGUCAACAAAUACGAGAGAAGUCGCCCUGAUCUUCCGGGAGUAUGCACGGAAGAUCCACCACAAGGCGAAGCCUCAUGACCCAAACUUCCUCAAAAUUUCGGUGAUGUGCUGCAAGAUCGAGCAAUGGUACGAACAAAAUUACCCCUCGUUCAUCAUACUCGGUGAGAAGGGACCGACAUUCGACUCUUCAGACAAGAGAACAGCCAUAUUCAGAGCAGAAGAGAAGCGGGCAGCGGAGCGCCUUACUGCAGACCCAAGGAACACACCCCUGCCUCAGGAUUUGUUCCCAUGGGAGCUUGCUACCUGGGUCGUUGGCGCGUCCUUGCUUAUGCUUGGUCUCAGCGCAUUCAUCGUAUGGGCCAUUCUCAAGUUCAUUCCUCAGGCAUAGGGAUCAAGGUUUGGACGUUGGACGGUUGCAUUUUGGUGUUUUGGAUUUUGGAAGAUGCAGUACAUACCAUACCCUUCAAACUUACUGUUAUCAUUAAUGGACUGAGAUGCUAUCAUGUGAUAUCCUUGUUUUUGUACUUUGGAUCAAUGUCAGUCCGUUUCAUGACACGGACCGACCGUUUC